AUGCCCGUAGAAUCUGCGGAUGGCGACUGGGAUCAGAUGGUUCGCAUCGUCGGCUCCCGGCUACAGGCCGGGCGAAGCGCCGACAUUAUCUCUUGCGUCGACGAAAUAGGGCUGACAUGGGACGUAUGGCGACCUGCGGUCGAUGUCGAGAUUCUCGCGCGCUUGAUCUUCAUAUUCCUUCCUGAAGCAAAACACCUUGCUAUGUAG